AUGGGGCUCAGGGGGCCGCCCCAAACCACCUCUGACCCCCUCAAACAGGGGCCGUGUGUUGGGGACCCCCCCUGCACCAACUUCUCGUGCUGCGUGGGGGGACCCGGCGCCGACCUGUCCUGCUGCUGCGGCCGCGGCUUCGUGCUCUUCGCCGUCAACRAGGAGACCCGCGUCUGCCUCGGCGCCGCCGCCGUCGCCUUCAUCGCCCACCGGCACCUGGAGGCGGCCCUGGCCGUGGGCACCGACGCGGGGGACCCGUCGCCCACGCGCCUCAACUCCCACGUGGUGAGCUGCACCGUGGGGCGCCCCGCGCGCCUCGCGCACCCCGUCAACGUCACGCUGCACCACAAGACGGAGCCCCGCGAGGAUGAGGAUGCCCGCUGCGUGGCCUGGCAGCCGGCGAGCGCCCGCUGGUCGCAGCGGGGCUGCGAGCGCCUGGCGGGCGACCGGCGCUCCACCACGUGCGGCUGCCGCCACCUCUCCAGCUUCGCUGUCCUCAUGGCCACCGCCGACGUCCAGGGGAGCGUCGCCCUGGAGCUCGUCACCGCCGUGGGGCUCUCGCUGUCCGUGCUCUGCCUCUUCCUCGCCAUCCUCACCUUCCUCCUGUGCCGCUCGCUCUGGACCGUCAGCGUGGCCCUGCACCUGCAGCUCAGCGCCUGCCUCUUCGCGGCCGACCUCCUCUUCCUCGCGGCCAUGCGGCGCGUUGCGAAUCAGCUGGCGUGCGCCAUCAUUGCUGGCCUCCUCCACUACCUCUUCCUCGCCUGCUUCACCUGGAUGUUCCUGGAGGGCUUGCACCUCUUCCUCACCGUCCAGAACCUGCGCGUGGUCAACUAUACCAGCRCCAACCGCUUCAAGAAGCGGUACAUCUACCCCACGGGCUACGGCCUGCCCGCCUUGGUGGUGGCCAUCUCCGUCGCCAUCAAUCCCGGUGGCUACGGGACCAGCAAGCACUGCUGGCUGACCACCAAGGGAGGAUUCGUGUGGAGCUUCAUCGGCCCCGUCUGCGCCAUCAUCCUGGUUAACCUGGUGUUUUAUCUCACCACCCUCUGGAUCCUGCAGGAGAAGCUCUCCACCCUCAACAAGGACGUCUCCUCCCUCAAAAGCACCAGGACACUGACGUUCAAGGCGCUCGCCCAAGUGGUCAUCCUGGGCUGCACGUGGGGCCUGGGCUUGCUGCAGACCAGCUCCGGCAGCCCCGUCGUGGCCUUCCUCUUCACCGGCCUCAACAGCCUCCAAGGCGUCUUCAUCUACGUCGUGCAUUGCCUCCUCAACCGGCAGGUGACAGAGCAGUACCAGCAGUGGCUACGGCUCCUCAGCCCCAAAGCGGACACCACGGAGGUGACGAUGACGUCAGUGAACAUCACCUCCAUGACGGAUGGGGAGAGACCCGCGGCCCACGUCAGCGAAGGCUGCGCGUGGCAGAAAUGAAGGUCCACCACCCUGCGGCCCCAUUCCCGGCCUUUCCCUUGGGCACAUCCUGCUUCCAGCUGCUUUCCCUAAGGAAUUCGACCCGUUCCCAGCGUUUCGCUGCGGAACGACCCGUUUGCAGCCGUUUUCUGACCCCUUUUUCAGCCGGGUUCCCCGAGGAACCGCUCRUUUUCUCGGGUUUCUUGAAGGAACCUAACUCAUUCCCAGCGUUUCUCCAAGAAUUUGGGCCAUUUCCAGCAUUUCCGCAAAGAGUUGACCCGUUUCCAGCAUUUCUUCGACGAUCUGACCUGUUUCCAACAUUUCCCGGAAGGAACGACCCAUUUCCAGUCGUUUUCCACAAGAAUUUGCCCCGUUUCCGGCUGCUUCUGCACAAACCCGUUUCCAGCAUUUCUCCAAGAAUUUCUCCCAUUCCCA